CCUUCCCUCCCCACCACCGAACAAACAGCAAACCCAGCCCUAACCUUUCUGCCUCCUUGCAACAAAGUUUACCUCCUCCUCCCCUCCCAUGAGAAUCCCCCUUUCCUCCUCCCUCCAUGUUCCUUCCUUCUGCGACUGUAGGAUGAGGUAUUUCCUUCUAUUCGGCUGAGGGUUAAAGCGAAUCCUGGGGGCAGUGGCGCACAUCUGGCAGGGACUGCGAGGUUUAAAUCCAGCCUCCACUGCAAUCAACAAUGGCAAACGAACCUGUGAUUCUGAAUGUUUAUGAUAUGUACUGGAUAAAUGAAUACACUUCAACCCUGGGGAUUGGUGUCUUCCACUCUGGCAUCGAGAUCUACGGCAGAGAGUUUGCCUAUGGAGGGCAUCCUUACCCUUUCAGUGGGAUUUUCGAGAUCACACCUGGCAGUGCGGUAGAACUUGGCGAGACCUUUAAAUUCAAAGAAUCCAUUGCCUUGGGCACCACAGACUUCACAGAAGAAGAUGUGGAUAAAAUUAUGGAAGAGCUGGGCAAGGAGUACAAAGGCAACGCGUACCAUCUGAUGCACAAGAACUGCAACCACUUCUCUGCUGCUCUUGCUGAGAUCCUAUGUGGGAAAGAGAUUCCUCGCUGGGUGAACCGCCUGGCCUACUUCAGCUCGUGUAUCCCCUUCCUCCAGAGCUGCCUCCCCAAGGAGUGGCUGACACCGGCAGCCCUGCAGAGCCACAUCAGCCUCGGCCUGCACAAGGAGGAGCAGGGGAACACGACGGACGAGGAGUCCCCCUCCACCUCUGCGACCGUCUCGGCCUCGGGCACCUCGCGAACCUGUAGACAUACCCGUGUCUAA